AUGGCAUCGUCGAAUGGACAUGGAGGAUUCUAUGGACAGAAUGUGUCGUCCUCGACGUCGUUUAGCUCUUCAUCUGCAACAUCAUGGGUUUCGAGAAAAGACCAAGUGGUCAAGUUUCUGAAAACAAAAAGAGAUGAAUAUAUCUCGGCUGAUACUAAUGGAUAUGGAGCAGGCAUCUCUCGAGGAAUAGCAGAUCCUGAUAAUGAUCACUUGGCUUUUCAGUUAAGUCGUCUUCCAAGAGAAGCGGCGUUUAGACAGGCUGAAGUGGUUCGUCCUGAAGACAAGAUGUAUAUUAAUGGCCCACCACCUCCCAAUCCUCCUUUCCGUGAUGAGAGUUUGACUCUAUAUCCUUCGUAUUCCCGCAAGUUAGAUAGUGGUGAAUAUGAUGUCGAUGUUAGAGGAAGGUUAUACUUACCAGCAGUUCUUAAUCGUAAAGCGAGAAUAGCACAAUCAGUGGUGAUGAGAUUUUCAGGCUUGACAUCUGGAGGAGGCAAUACAGCUGCAAAUACCCCCAGUUUAGAUCAACUCAAUGGAGUCGACUUUAGUAAUUAUGAGUAUGGGUUAGAUGAGCAAGAUGUUCCAGGCCCGCAGUCAACCAGAGGCGUCGAUAGAGGUAUAGGUAUAGAUGAUGGUGACUUGCGUCGACCAAUACAUCAUACUAGUACGACUAGCACUACCAGCUCACAGUCAUCACGGUCAUCGAGGUCUAGUCGCUUUUCGAAUGAAGAAGAGACUUUUAAAGAGAGGUUUGCAACUGUGCUAACAAGAGGAGCACCUGAUCGAGAACUAAAAGUUAGAGUAGGACUCGAGGGGAAUCAUCAGUCGGUAGUGGCUAAAGUGACUACAUUUUCCGAUGGUCGGUUUUUAAUCAGAAUUCGAGUACCAUCACGACCAGCCAUGAUCCAUGUUGAGGCAAGUGAUGAUGUGCAUGCAAUUAUUGAGCCAUUGGUUAUUGGCGAUACAAAAGACAGCAAGAUCUCGGUUAUUACUGACAUAGACGAUACGAUUAAGCAUACAGGAAUAGCAACCGAGAAACGACAGGUUUUCAGAAACGUACUAGCACGCCAUUACGACGAUAUUGCAAUUGAAGGAGUCGUUGACUGGUACUCUGAUUUGGAAAAAGAAGGGGUCAAGUUUCACUAUGUUUCUAAUUCGCCAUGGCAAUUGUAUCCAGUGAUUGCCGAGUAUAUGAGCCACACUAAACUGCCAAAGGGAUCUAUUCAUUUGAAACCGUAUACAGGAUUGAUAUCAGGAAUGCUCGAACCGAGUUCGGAGAAAAAGAAGGUCACAUUGCACAAUGUUGUCAAGGACUUCCCCGACCGUCGAUUUAUUCUUAUUGGUGACUCUGGAGAAAAGGAUUUAGAGGCAUACUACGACCUGGCUACACAGUUUCCUAAACAGAUUCUAGCCAUUUACAUCCGUGAUGUGACCUUGCCGGCAGAUGAUAUAUUUCUACAGGAGUAUAUUGCAGCCACGGGAUAUAUCCCAACUCCAGGCGAGAUUGAUUCGUAUGAAUCAAGUGCUGAGGCGGGAAGAAGUGGUCGUAUGAUGGCUCGCCAGCAGAAACUAAGAGAUGCUCGAGGCCGUGAGGCUGCUCAAGACAGAUCAAUUGGCAGGAAGUCUGAACCGAAAUCAGAACCAGAACCUCGUAGUGUUGCCAACUCAGCAGCAUCGAUUCCAGAUCUCAUUGACCUUUCCGACCCCGAGCCAGCACCAGCACAACCAGAACGUGAACGUGAGCAAGAUCUCGACCGACCCAGUCUGCCGCCACGGCCCAAUCCCACCACCACCACCACCACCUCAAACAGCACCACCUCCAACAGCAGCAGCAGCACCACCACGAACCAACCUCUGCCAUUAUCACCACAUAAAGUGCCCCGAAAAGCAGCGCCUCCUAUUCCCCAGAAACCGGCAAACCUCCGACCACCUCCACAUGCCAACACGGUUCCUCCCGAAGCACCCUGGUCCCGGCUUUCUGCUGCUAACACCACCGCUCACUCACGACUCAACGAGCCAGUGCACUCGAAAUCCGAAGUCAAUGGUUCUGGAACUCACAUCCAACCGACAAGCUCGUCCACCACAGAAACACCACCACCCCUUCCUCCUCGACGAGUAGCAACGGUUCCUACCACGAACCCGAAACACACCAACUCCAGCGUGAACCCGGACGUACUGAUUAUGAACUCGGAGCAAAACGACUACGGCCAGCUGGUGCUCGACAAAAAAGUCGAGCAAUGGAAGUCCCGCUACACACGAUCGCGAAUGGGACUCCCCGGCGGCAUCAAACUUCGCAUGUGGAAGGUAGGCAGCGACCUCCGAGACGAAAGCAUCGCCCUCGUGCGCGACAACAGAGCGAACUAG